ACAAUAUUUUGUUUUAUUUGACUGUGUGCAUUACAAGCGGUGCACAGCAGACUUGUGGAUAGGAAGAUGUGCUCUAUUUAGUGACGGCCCCCCGCCCCCUCAUCAUGUGAAAGUAAAGCCGGGUGGAGACGUACUUACCACACUCCUCCUCCUUGUAUAACCUCAGGACAUGCUACUAACUUUAUCUUGACUUUGCAGGUCGUAAACUCCCACAGCUUUGGGAAGUUACUUGUCAUAACGUGCCUGAGCCGAUCUCUUAGCCCAGCAUUAUCACAGCUGCUGUGUUACACAGAGGAAUGGAUACUCGCACCAGAAGACAGAAAUGUUGGUGUUGCCUGGGCAUUUUAGUGUUACUCCUUGUUGGGGUAAUAGUACUGGUGAGGCUUGUGACUUUUGGCGCAGUGCUGGACACCUACAAACACGGAGCUGUUGCUGCUGAUGCUACAGUCUGUUCACAAACUGGAAGGGACAUUCUGAAGCAGGGAGGCUCAGCUGUAGAUGCUGCUAUUGCUGCCUUACUAUGCACAUCACUCAGGAACCCUCAGAGCACGGGAAUUGGAGGGGGGGUUAUUUUCACUAUUUACGAUGCCAAAAGAGGUAACAUUGAAAUCAUUAAUGCUCGAGAAACGGCACCUCAGAAUGUGAUUCAAAAUUUGACUCAAAACUGUUCAUCAGAAUUUGCCUUCAAAAUAGGCCCACAGUGGAUUGCUGUGCCUGGAGAGCUGCGAGGAUAUGAGGAAGCUCACCGACGAUAUGGACGGUUACCAUGGAAAGAUCUGUUUGCUCCCACUAUUAAAAUGGCCGAAGAGGGAUUUCCUUUACCACGAGUGAUUGCAAAAUAUCUAAAUCAUCCAUACUUUGCAAUUGCAGCAAAAAAGUACUUAUGUCCACAGUUCUGUAAAGAUGGAAGACCCUUAAAAGAAGGAGAACUGAUAAAGUACCCAGAGCUUGCACGUACUUUGAAAAGCAUAGCAGAGAAUGGAGCACAGGAAUUCUACAGUGGAUAUUUGGCUGAACAAAUGGUGAAAGACUUGCAGAAACAAGGUGCCAAUCUGACUCUUGAAGAUUUCAGAAAUUACAGAGCUGAAGUUGUGACACCAUUGAACAUCACUCUGAAGGACUACAUAAUGUACUUCCCACCACCUCCAGCAGGGGGGGUUAUUUUAAGCUACAUCCUUAAUAUACUGAAAGGCUAUAACCUAACAUCUCAGUCUGUAAACAACAAAGACAGCCGACUUCUGACAUAUCACCGCAUUAUCGAGGCUUUCAAGUUUGCCAAUGGGCAGAAACCUCGGAUUGAAAAUCCACAGUACAAAACAGAAGAUGUCGCAGAGAUAUUGUCAGACAGCUUUGCUGAAACUACGAGGAGACGGAUUAAUGAUUCAUGUACAUAUUCUAAGGAGUACUACAGCAGUGUCCUUUCUACUUCAGAGCGCAUGGGGACCUCUCACGUUUCUGUGAUUGCUGCAGAUGGCAGUGCAGUCUCUGUCACAAGUACAAUCAACCAUUUGUUUGGUGCAAUGGUAUUUUCUCGAGCAACAGGAGUCAUUUUUAACAACGAGUUGGCUGAUUUCUGCAGAUUAAAUAGCAAUCCAGAUUUUAAAAUUAACCCAGGUGAAAAGCCACCAUCAGCUAUGACUCCUGCCAUUUUAUUCUCCAAGGAUAAACGCUCCACUCUGGCUAUCGGAGGAGCAGGUGGGGAUAUGAUAAUAACAGCAACGGCUCAGGCCAUCAUGAAUAAGCUGUGGUUUGGUUAUAGUCUUAAAGAAGCCAUUGCUUUACCAAGGUUCUACAUUAGUCAAAAAUUCGAUGAACAGAUUGAUGCAGAGGAAGAGGAACUGCAUAAUAUAUGGAAAGAGGACAACGUAGAAGAUAAUUUAAAAUAUCUGGGGCACAGGUUCCAAAAAACACUCCUACCUUCAGCUGUACAAGGGGUUUUCAAAAACAAGGAUGGUAUCUGUGCCAUGUCAGACCGACGUAAAGAUGCUGAAGCAAGUGGCUAUUAAACACCAAGUCAAACUUGGUGUUAAUUAUUGGAAAACUGGUACUGCUUCUGUAAACACUAAGGCAUGCUGGCCUAGUGAUACAGGGGCCCUCUGCUCUCAUGUGAUGUUCCAUAUUUGCUACCAGGGGCCGUAGAUCACAUCCUAGUUCUUGACGGGUAUGUGAAUUUUUGCAGAGGCAGCUUUGUGAAGAGGCAUGUUCCUGUUGUCAUAACUUUUGGUGUGGAUUCCACAUCAUUACUGACUGGACAGUGCAUAGUGGCACAUACUGUCUAGGUCUCAAGCCAAAGACCAUGUGGUUUGAGGACCGUACUAAUAGAAGAUGAUGUUCAAGGCAAGCAGUGCAUGUCAGUGGAAGCAAUUUCCCCACUGACCUACACACAAUGCAUUUCUGAAACCUUUCUACCCAUCGGCCUGCUGCAGACCAUACAUACCAAAUGAACUGAUUAUCCACUGACUUCCUGCAAAGCAUUUCAGCCAAAAUAACUGAUUACCUGCAAAUCAUAUAUGUCAAACAAACCACUUUUGUAGAUGCUUAUCAACCACAUGGGCCAAAUAAACUGAUUUUCUGGUGACCUCCUUCAAACUGUGUGUUCCACUGCCAACUGAAACAGCUAUCCACAUAUGCCAAAAGACCUGAUUACUUGGUUACUUCCUGCAAGUGUAUGUGCCAAAUGAGUCAAUUACUCAGUGAUCUCCUGAUGUCCAUGUGUACCACAUUAACCUAUAUCUUAAUGACCUGCAAGCCACGUAUGCUAAAUUAACUCAUUACCCAGUGACCUACAAACCGUGAAAGCCAAAUAAAGCAAUUAUCACAUGACCAUCUGUCCUUUGUCACAUAUACUACACAUACUUAAGCCUGAAAAUGACUGCAGCUGUCUGAUGACCAAUUAUGUCCCAUGGUUUGGGAUGUAAAGCUGAUGGCUCCCUAGUGAACUCUUUACACGCUGGAAACAAGACAAAAAAGUGGAUAGUGGAAGAGUUUUCACGUGGAUUACUUUUAAUGCAGUAUCAAUGGUGAGCAACUGGUAACAUGUUUGCAAACCCACAGUUUUAAAUUGUUUAUUUAGGACUCUUUUUCUCUGACACAAACUCAAAUUCAUUCACAUGUAUGCACAAGUGCGUGUUAAAAAUUACUGCAAGGAACAGACCCCCCCCCCUGUUAAAUGCAUGAAGAACACUCAGAGGUGUGGUUUGGUACUUCUCUGUUGCCAUGCCAUGGCUACCGUAAGGUAAUUUCUGUGUGUUGCUUUUAAUGAGAAACCCCAGAUUGCUUUCUGCAUUGUACUUCUUUUGUAGAAACCACUCAUUUUCUUACUACUCCCUUUCUGAAGUCCAGUGAUAUAGUAAACUCGUUUAUCCUUUUGUUUUCUAUAUUAAACUGACAUACAGACAUAUUUAUAUUGCUCUGGCAGUUUAGCUCAGCAGGUUAAGGCAGUUAGUUAACAGACUUUAUCCUGUAGUUCUGGGUUUGAUUCCAUUGCCAGCUGAAAAGUGUGUGACUUAAACAAAUCACUUUGCCAACAGCCCACCUGGGUUGUCCCAGAAAAAGGCCACUUGUGCUCAGUGGGGUGAAUUGCCAAAUACAUUUUAUUUUAGUUUUAGUUUUGUUGAUUGGGGUAGAGCCAUGAUCUCAGUGGACCAAUUUCAGUCUCAGCCCAGUGUAGACUAUUUAUUUAUUUAUUUUAUUUAUUUAAAAUAAUUGCUUAUCGG